CAAGAGUCACAACCUCAAAAUAAAAUUCGUAAUGGCGGUCAUCGUUCGACAAAAAAGUUUGCUGGUCGCCCAAUGCAUCACUUUUUAUUCUUAAAUUUGGAACACUGGUGUUCACAAUUCCUGGAAAAUAGUUUAAUUAUCGCUACGCAAUGAGACCUUGACAACCUCCCCCAUACUACGAAAAAAAUCCGCCAUUUCAUUCCAAUUUACUCCCAAAUAUUUGACACAGUACUUUUCCAGGUAAUUAAAGGAGAUUCCAAGAUGUCGAAGCGUUCAGCAGAUGCAGGGGACAGUAGUUCCCAACCCCCGAUAAAGAAAGUCCAGUUUGAACCGAUUUUAAUCGGUCCGAUAUCAACAUUGGAGGAAAUGGACAUGAAAGUCCUUCAAUUCCAGAAUAAAAAGCUUGCUCAGAGGUUAGAGCAGAGGCACAGAAUGGAGACAGAGCUUAGACAGAGAAUUGAACAGCUAGAGAAGAGGCAAACACAGGAUGAUGCUGUGCUCAAUGUAGUCAAUCGCUACUGGAAUCAAUUAAAUGAAGACAUCCGAGUGCUGUUGCAGAGGUUUGAUGCUGAAACUGCUGACGAGUCCGAGAAUAAAAACGAGUCAGAAGCCACUACUUCCUUCCUGAUGCAGCUCUCCACAUGGGACAAGGAAGAGCUAGAUGACAAGCUGGCCCAUCGGGUACAGGUCUCGAAACGCGCCGUUUCAAAGGUCGUCCAGGCAUUUGAUCGUCUCUCCCAACGAAACGAGAAGAUAACCCUCGCUUUGAAGGGCGAGUACGAGGGUGAGGAAGCUCCAAACAUUGACGAGGUAGUUCGCAAGGCCAACAAUGAAAUACAAACCGAGAACAGAAAUCUCCAGGCCAUCAACAUUCAACUGCACGAAAAAUACCACACAAUGUCGCUGAAGAUGUCUGAACUCCAGGACACAAUAACUGGCAAGGACACGUUAUCAGCAGAACUUCGUAACCAAGUAGACGAUCUCCAGUACGAGCUGAAUAAAGUUCGGGCGAGAAAUGACAAGCUAGAGCAUCACUUGGGUGAGGCAAUAGAAAAGCUGAAAGCAUUCCAACAAAUCCAUGGCACUGACGACAAAGGAACCAAUAAGCCGAGCACCCUGGUUCCUUCAAGUGUAUCUCAGACGAAAUUAGAGGAUCUCCAACGUGAGCUGGAGGAGACAAGAGAAUUAGCUAACAAUAGACUUCAGGAAUUAGAUAAAUUACAUCAGCAGCACCGAGACGUAUUGAAGGAAGUGGAGCGAUUGAAGAUGGAUAUUAGACAGCUCCCAGAGUCGGUAAUAGUGGAGACAACUGAGUACAAAUGCCUCCAGUCCCAGUUUUCAGUGCUGUACAAUGAAUCAAUGCAGCUGAAGACUCAACUGGACGAUGCGAGAGCACAAUUGCAGACUAGUAAGAAUUCCCAUUUGAGGCACAUUGAGAUGAUGGAGAGUGAGGAGCUGAUGGCACAGAAAAAACUCAGGGGCGAGUGCAUUCAACUGGAGGAUGUACUGGCCCAGUUGAGGAAGGAGUAUGAAAUGCUUAGGAUUGAAUUCGAGCAGAAUUUAGCUGCCAACGAACAGACUGGACCUAUCAACAGGGAGAUGAGGCAUCUGAUCACCUCUCUGCAGAAUCAUAAUCAACAGCUGAAGGGAGAGGUCCAUAGGUACAAGAGGAAGUAUAAAGAGGCUUCUGCUGAAAUUCCAAAAUUAAAAAAAGACGUAGAUGAACUGACAACAAAGCUGGGACAGCAGUCAUCCCAAGAGAGUAAAGAGGGGAACAAUUCUGAUGGAAGUUGCAAAGAAGAAGAGACUAUGAACUCUAUGCCCGGGUCCAUGCAAAUUAAAGAGGAAGGGACUUCCAUAAAACGCGAAUUGGGGAUUGAUGAGGAGGUCGAGGCCAUCGAGAUAGGUGAAGGUGAAGGGAGUAAAGGGAACAGUGAUUCUCACGCAUUAACUUCACCGACCCUUAAGAAGGAGAAGGACAUUAAGAGGGAGAAGGACAUUAAGAAAGAAACCGCUGUGAAAACUGAGCACAGGGAUCCAGCGCAUAGACUCAAGGAUCCUAAAGUAGCUGAAUCGGAGAUUGUGAGAGACCUCAAGGCUCAGCUUAAAAAAACAGUGAACGAAAUGAAGGAAAUGAAGCUCCUCCUGGACAUGUACAAAGGUGUAGGCAAGGAGCAGCGUGACAAAGUUCAACUAAUGGCAGCUGAACGAAAAACACGAGCAGAACUUGAAGAACUUCGUCAACAGCUGAAAAAAAUCCAGACGUUUGAAUUGCAGGAAAACAAGAGGGAGGAGCGCAAGAAACUUGCCGACGAAGAUGCACAGAUCAAAAUCAAGAAGCUGGAGGAACAGACUUACACACUUCAGCGACAGGUUGCUUCACAAAAACAGAAUUGCGUUUGGAUGCAGGAAGAGGAAGCGUUAUUAAACGAAAUGGAGGUAACUGGCCAAGCAUUUGAAGAUAUGCAGGAGCAAAACUCUCGCUUGAUUCAGCAAUUGCGUGAAAAAGAUGACGCCAACUUCAAAUUAAUGACUGAGAGAAUAAAAAGUAAUCAAUUGCAUAAAUUAGCCAGAGAGGAGAAAGAUGUUCUCAAGGAGCAAGUCACGACUUUGACAACGCAAGUCGAGGCGGCCAAUGUUGUUGUACGAAAAUUGGAAGAGAAGGAGCGACUUUUGCAGAAUUCACUAGCCACUGUGGAGAAGGAACUGGCACUUAGGCAACAGGCCAUGGAAAUGCACAAGAGAAAGGCUAUUGAAAGUGCACAGAGCGCUGCUGAUUUGAAACUCCAUCUCGAAAAAUAUCAUUCACAAAUGAAAGAGGCGCAGCAGGUAGUGGCCGAGAAGACAAGCUCCUUGGAAGCUGAAGCCUACAAAACCAAGAGACUUCAAGAAGAAAUCGCUCAAUUACGAAGGAAGGUAGAGAGAAUGAAGAAGAUCGAAUUGGCAGAAACUCUGGACGAAGUUAUGGCGGAAGAACUCCGAGAGUACAAAGAAACACUCACCUGUCCCUCGUGCAAAGUCAAACGUAAGGAUGCAGUACUCACGAAGUGCUUCCAUGUUUUCUGCUGGGAUUGUCUUCGUACCCGAUAUGAAACUCGUCAAAGGAAAUGUCCAAAGUGCAACGGUGCAUUUGGUGCAAAUGAUUAUCAUCGUUUGUAUCUCUCAACGUGAAAGAAAUAUUCUAAAUUUAAUAAGAAGUAAUUUUAUCUUCCCAGAGAUAUUCUCCUCAAUCGAAGAAAGGUCCAAAAAGCUUUUGUAUAAAUGAAUUAUUUUUCUUUCUCAUACGGAUGAGAGUUUUAAUGUGAAGAAUUUUUUUUCCAUACUGAACAUCGCUUUUUGUGUUUUUUUCCUACAGAAAGUGAAGACGAUGAAAGGGAUUUGUUUUAUGUAAAAAAAAAUUUUUAUUCAUUUUGUUGGAGAAAGAAAGGGAAUAUUUCACUAAAAAUCAAUUGACUGUGUGCGUGCAUGUGUAGGUUUUUCAAUUAAAGUAAUUGAGACGAAAAAAAUCAUGGAUCACGUAUUUAAAAAUCUUGAUGAAUUGAAUUUUUUUAUAUUUAUUCAAUAAAUAUUGUAUGAAUGCUGAAUUUAGCAUUUUUAAGAUUAAGCCGUAUGAUAAAUAGGUGAAUAUUAAAUGAGAGUUGAUACAACAAA